CCUGCAUAUGAAAGAUUACCUUGUCCCAGAGAAAGGGGUUGUACCUGUGUGGUGACCGGAGAGGGUCACUACUGCUCUGCACUGAGAGAGGAGAGAAUGACAGAAUGUUCUGUUUUUGGGCUCGAAUGGACUAGAGGUACAGGGAAAGUUGCUGAAUGAGAGAAUUGAGAAGAGGAAGAUCGAUCAAGAGAGUGCAAUCGUAGCCGAAACUCGGUUUGUAAUGGUUGGCUUCCACUCAGUCAACUUCAUUAUAUGGGACCCUCACAGACAAGAGAAGCUUUUAUCAGUUGCCUGUGGAGGCGGCCAUCGAUCCUGGGCCUACAAACACCCAAUAAACAUUGACACAGAUCCUCAAGCACAUGGACUUGGACAAGGUACCCUUGUAUUUACCAAGCAUGGAGCUGUCAUGGAAUCACGUUCAUUAACAUCAAAUGAAAACGAUGUGAAUGGACACACCCUGAAAGAGGGGCUACAUGGACGAGGCAUCAGCUGUGUUUGCAACCUUGGUAGUCUGAAAAAGACUAGACCGUUGUCAGAACUUUGGGAAGUUUUUGUUAUCGGAGGGGAGGAUACCACAGUAGGUGUACUUGCUAUCAGUCCACAGAGUGGAACUGUUAAGGUGCUUUCAGUUCUAAUGGACCAUAUCUCAAAUGUUCGUGCUCUGGCUGCAAUCAGAAGAGGAGAAACUAAUGAAAAAGGGGGAGAUGACAGAAUAGCUACCUCCUCUGUCUCUUCUUUGGUGUUUUCUGUGGGUGGCCGGGGCCAGCUGCAGUGUUACCGGCUCCUGAUACAUUUGGAUGAGCAGCAGGGUCAAUCGAUCGGUCAUGUCACUCAGAUAGCUGGUCAUCGAUUGGAUGAACAGUGGGAACGGAAGCGUAACCAACACAAGACUGUCAAAAUGAACCCAGAGACAAGGGACAUGUCUAUGGCUGUGGUGCAUAAUGGGACUGAUUGUGUCUUACUGGUUUUGGGCUGUAGUGAUGGUGCAGUAAGGCUUUUCAGUGUGACUGAGAGCAGUAGGAGUGUUGACAUGCUUUGGGAGUCUUUUAAACCAUCAGAGGUGUGUGCUCAGUGUCGCCCCCUACAAGCUGGAGGACUCCCAGGACAGAAAGCUUUUGUUUCUGUUCAGUGCCACUACAGAUGGUUGUAUAUCUGUGUGGGAUUUAACAGCAGUAUUGAACAGUAAGGCUAGUGUCAGGUGGCAGGGUCCAUCAGCUCCGUUCUUUUCCAUACCUGACCAUCAAAGUGGAGUCAAUAUGCUUGCCUUAUCACCUAGGAGAGAGAUGAGGCAAAUGGAGGAAAAUAUUAUCUCAUUGGCCAGUGGUGGAGAUGAUGGACAGCUA